AUGGCUUGCCUUGACCACGACUACUGCGGCUGGGACGAUCCUGAUUUCACGGAAUUAAUCGAGAACCAACUCGUUGAAGACGAAGACGAAGAAGAAGACGACACGCGCGCGUGGCUGGAGAGUGCUCUGGGAAGGCAGUGGACUAACAACGACUCGCAGCGGGUUAUCGGGCGGAUGGAUCGGGAGAUGGAAGCCCUGGGUCCGGACGACUUUGCACACUACCAAGCCCACUUUCUCGAUGUGGUAUCCGACCCGGAUUACGAGCACGUGUGGGAGCGCGCAAUCUGCCGGGAUAUCGACUACCUGCGAGCCCAGGGCUCGCUAGGGCCCGACACGGACACGGACGGCCUGGUCUCGGAAAUCUGGUCGAAAGUAGGGAGGUAUAUCGACACGGGCGCCAUUGAUGAUACUAUCGACAUUUAUGAUGAUAUUGUGCGGGUCGGGAGCGGUGUGAGUGAGGAGGCUUUGUCGAGAGGGCUGAAGAGGAAGCGGGGGAUUAGUGGGGAGAUGUGCGUGGUGUGCCAGGACUUAUUGCUUGGGGAAGGGGAACAAGUGGCGGGCCUUGGGUGCGGGCAUGACUACCACAUAGACUGCAUCAAGCAGUGGCUCAGGGAGAAGAAUGUCUGCCCGCUUUGCAAAGUCACAGCCGUACAAGAAGAAGAUGCAUAG